AUGGCCAACCUGCCUUCCAAGGCCGGUUAUGGUACUACUAAACCGGCCCGACCUGACGGGUAUCCAGGUGCCCAUGGCGAGGGGGGAAGUCGAUUGCAAGAAAGCAAACGUGAAUUUAAAUUCUAUAAUGCUUUUGGUCUUCCAACCGGUCGUCAGGCCAGGACAAUUGUUGCGUUAACCCGUAUCAGUCAGCCCAGCCGAUCACACCUCCGUAGCUCCGCUCUCUUGGGGACGACUGAAGCCGUCUCUGAGCCUCGACAACACGUCUGGAGACCUGUGAAAGCCUGUACCGCGCCCACCGAAGAACGCACAUCGAAAUGA